UGCCGAUAAGAAACGCGCCCCGCCGAUUUUCCCGCAUUACUCGAUCUUAUCGCUUCAUCGCCUCCGCUCUUCCCCUCCAUGUCUUGAGAUCUUCCCUAUCUUCGACUUCCUCUUUUCUGCAUUCGACAGGGUCAUUCUGUUGACUAUACUGCAAGAUAUGAACCCCCGUCUGUCACCAUGUAUACAAGCUGUCAAACCCACCCACCCAGCAGCAAUCGGGCCCACCCACCUCUCCCUCUCCUUCUCCAUCGCAACCGUUCGGAGGUCUCCGACGUUCGCACCCUUCCGAGGGGCAACAAUUUCCAACUGUUCUCUUCUCCAGAGAGGGGAAGCACAUUCACGAGAACUCUCCAACCUCCCUCGGAACAAUUCUCGUUAUGUGUGUGGCCAGGACUUGCGGUUAUUCCAAACAAACAGCCUCUUCCUCGAUCCUCACCGCAAAGCGCUGUCGCCCGGCCCCCUCCCCCCUCGUCCGCCAUCUUCUCGGAUAAACCCCCUCCCUCGAUGCAAGAGGUGGUGGGAGAUGUGAACGCAUGUGUCGCAUCGGUUAUCGACCUAAGACCCGAGGAAGCUAAACUCUGGUGUGGAGGGCUUCUAACCCAAGAUGGUAUGUCGCGUGUCCAAUGUAGGACACUGGAGAUGGAGGACGACCGUUGAAGGAGUUUGAGUGACUCUCCCUAAUGAAGCAAAAGAAGAUGGGAAGAUGGGAACAAAAAAAGAGAAAGUGAACGUGACGGGGCUUGGACCCUACCACCAUUUCUUUUUUGGGUAUAUCUCUUUUUCUUAACCUGAUAAAUAAGCCUGAUCGAUCUCAGUGGAGGUACUGUACUUGAUCUACAAGUGGCGGAGGGAGGGUGGCUUUGCUUCUGGUUACAGUUGCAGUGCAAUGCUGUGUUCUGCCG